AUGAUUCACUCAAUCAUCCAGUAUCUGGUGUCAAUUUCAGACCGGGAGAGGCCUGUCUGGUUGCACGUUUUUAAGGAAGAAAUGUUCGAUGCUCUCGAUCUUUCGAUUGACACAAAACAACACGACAUUGUCCGUCAACUGACAACGCUGGUUCUGUCACAUUACGAAUAUUGCCGCUAUGAUUAUGCUCGCUGGCUCAUAAAGGCCGUUGACACCAAAGAUGUCGAAAUGGUCAAUCUCAUCCUCGACUUGGAGGUUGAGGCCACUCUGGACGUGGAUCGCGGAUGCUUCGGAGACAUUUGUUUUCUUGGAAACGUUCAGAUCAUGCGCAAGCUACUGAACAAAGGCAUUCUUAGAUUGAGAGAUCCAGCUCAUGACCCCUGGAGAACAGAGAUCCCUGGGAGUCACCCUGUUGAUUUGGCAAUUGCGGACGGUACCCCUGAGAUCCUGACAGCAGUCUUGGAAACCUUCUCCGAAUAUGAGAUGAGACUAGGAACCAAAACCUACGGUAUUCUGGUCCCAUUUCGCUGCGCUAUCUACUUUAGCAAGGCCUACGCAGUCGAGACGUUACUUGAGAGAGCAGAAACUCUCCAUCACGUGGAGCUUCCCUACGAAGCCAUCUUGCAGGUGGCUGCAGACCUGAAACAAGAAACCAUCUUCGACAUCAUCCGCAAACACGCCAUUGCAGCCGGAAAAUACGCCAGCGACUACGCGAGCGCCAGAACCGGGAAGGUUACAGUAAAGCAGUGA